ACUUAUUAAAUAGAUAGAUUUAGUUGUGUCAGUGUAGUGUACUGUAUUAUUAUUUUAACAUGAACAGCGAGACCAUUUCGCUCAACAUCGUCAAUGUGGACGAGGAGGUGGCUUCGGUCAUGAACAAAUUCAAGCGACUCAGAAAGAUCGAUUCAUCAGCCACUAUUGUGUUGUCGAUAAACAACGAAACUAACGACGUGCAUUUGGACCAAAUCGACGGCGAGAGUAUCAUCAUGGACAGAUCACUGGAGGAUAUAGCGGAGGAGUUGGUGGCUGAGUACCUGCCGAAACAGAUGCUGAGGAUCCCGCACGUGAAGACAAAAGACAACAGGUCCUCAUUCCCUCUCUGCAACAUAUGGUACUGUCCGCAGAACAUGGCCAACGCUGAGCUGAACAUGAAGUACACUAGUCUCAGACACAAGAUCAUCGAGAUGCUCAACCCACAGAAGCUAUAUCAAGUGUCAAACCACGAGGAGUUGACGGAUGAAUGGCUAGCAGAAGAAAUGGACAUGUAACUCUGGACAUCUGCUGACUCGUCUCAAUCUCAUCUAAUGUAUCGAACGGGUCACGGCAGAACAGAUCAAUCAAAUUGUCGCUUCCAUGUCUUAAAGAAUCAAACUGCAUUCGUUCUGAAAUCAGCAUCUUCGAUUCUAUCUGAAUUAAACUUUACUUUCGAAUUUCGUCUUGUGAUAUUGGCAUUAGAUUUCAUAUAAAUUUUAUGAUAGUUAUUGUCAUCGCUAUAUUGUAAAGUGUUAACAUAAAUUUUCUAUUUU